ACAAUGUCUGUUUCACUCACUGCCACCACGCCCGCCAAUGCUGCCACCACCAUAGCAACGGUGGACCACCACAGCCCAACCUCACCUCCAAAAUCACGCCCCCCGGACCCCGCUCUGGACAUCCAAAACCAGCACCAGCACCCGCACCUCCACCACUCCGCUGCCACACUCAAUCCGGCCUCCGAGCCCUCGUACGUUAUCAGCACCGACUCGGGCGACAAGCACGCGCCCCCGCGAUUCUCGCACGACAUGGAGAGACAUGCGGGAGCGCCGGAGAAAGGAGAUGAUGUGGCCGAGGACGGGAGUGUGAGGAGUUCCGUCGAGGGGAGUGGGAGGAGGCCGGGAAAGGCUGGUGUGUAUUAUAGGAAGUAUAAGCCUUUUGUGCACCUGUUUAUCCUUGCAGUAUUCACCGGGUACGUUGCCUUCUCCCCCCCCUCUUCCUCCGGUAUUUGCAGCAAUUCCGGGACUAACGAUCUGGGCGAACGGGAUGGAGUAGAUGGUGGAUAGCAUCUCUCGUCCUCCACCGUCACGACAAGAACUGGGUCAUCCCCUUCCUCCUCUGGCUCAUGAUAACGCUGCGCAUCAUAACCCUCUGGUUGCCGGCACGCCAUGUCCUGCGUCCCUGCAAAUUCCUCUGGUCCAAGACCGUAACUCCGGUGGUCGCUGCGAUCCCCCCGAGAUUCCGCCUGGCGGCCGGCGCGAUAUCGGUAAUCUCGAUAUUCCUGCUGGGCGCCUUCGCCAGCGAGGAAUCGCUCAACAACACCCGCGACAGCCGUGCGAUAUCCUUGUUCGGCCUACUGGUAUUCGUGGGCAUCCUCGCAGCAACUAGCCGCGACCGACGGAAGAUUCAAUGGCACACGGUUCUCGUCGGCAUGCUGAUGCAAUUCAUAGUCGCCCUCUUCGUGCUCCGCACGGGCGCGGGGUUCGACAUCUUCACCUUCAUAUCCGAGCUCGCGCGCUCGCUGCUCGGCUUCUCGCGCGACGGGACAGCGUUCUUGACGUCCCCGGAUGUGGCGAAGCUACCGUACUUCCUCAUCGGCGUUCUCCCGGCCAUCAUCUUCUUCGUCGCCUUCGUGCAGCUCCUCUUCUACUGGGGCGUGCUGCAGUGGUUCAUCGGAAAGUUCGCCGCAUUCUUCUUCUGGAGCAUGCAGGUCUCGGGCGCGGAGGCGGUCGUUGCCGCCGCGAGUCCCUUCAUCGGACAGGGCGAGAGCGCGAUGCUGAUUCGCCCGUUCGUGGCGCACCUCACGCAGGCGGAGAUACACCAGGUCAUGACCAGCGGCUUCGCCACCAUCGCCGGUAGCGUCCUUGUAGCGUACAUCGCCAUGGGCGUGAACCCCCAGGCGCUGAUAUCCUCCUGCGUGAUGAGCAUCCCCGCCUCCCUCGCCGUGUCGAAGCUGCGCUGUCCGGAGACGGAGGAGAGCCUCACGGCGGGAAAAGUGGUGAUACCGGAGGACGAGAACCCCUCCGUCAAUGGCCUCCACGCCUUCACGGAGGGCGCAUGGCUGGGAUUGAAAAUCGCCGGCAUGAUACUGACGAUCCUGCUCUGCGUCCUCGCACUCCUCGGCCUCGUGAACGGACUGCUAACGUGGUGGGGCCGGUACCUCAACAUCAAUGACCCACCGUUAACGGUGGAGCUGAUCGUGGGUUACAUCUGCUACCCGAUAUCCUUCCUCCUCGGCGUCUCGCGCGAAGGCGAUGACAUAUAUAAAGUUGCCCAAUUGAUUGGAACGAAACUAAUUGGUACCCCCUUAAACCCCCACACACGCGCUUCUAACUUACCCCAUCUAACGUGAUCCCAAGCGAACGAAUUCGUUGCCUACACCCGCCUUCAAUCGGAUCCGGAGUUCCAAACCCUCUCCGACCGCUCCCGCCUCAUCGCCGUAUACGCUCUCUGCGGCUUCGCCAAUAUCGGCUCGCUGGGGAGCGCGAUUGGCGUGUUGUCCCAGAUCGCCCCGAGCCGCACUGGCGACGUCUCCCGGCUCGCGCUGAGCGCUUUGAUCGCUGGCGCCAUUUCGACCUUCACUAGUGCCAGCGUUGCGGGCUUGGUGGUUACUAACCAAAAACAGCUCACAGCCUCCCCCCCCGGGUCCUAAUAUUCCGCCCCACCCCACCCCUCCCCAUUUUCUUUGUCAACUUACUGUAACGCUUUUUGAUUUUUCUUUCUUCUUUUAGGGAAUUCAUUUAUUCCCCCCUUAGCUCGGUUCUCUCUCUGAAUUUAAGGCACCGGACUUGCUCAUUGGUGGCGGUGGUGGUGGCGGCCGCGAUGAGCGUGGUGAGGAGAUGGUGUGGAGGAUGGAUGAAUGGAUGGUUGAGGGGAUGGAUGGAGAAAACUUUGUACAUGAUUUGGGAGACUUAGAUGUCAACGCUAUUACCCCGGUGCUCGGGCCAUUCUGGUUCAUCUGCCUUCACUCGAGCAGGUGCAGGUACCGUACGCACCGGCGCCGCCGAGUGAGGGCCUAUGACGGCUGGGCACAGACUCCCCAUAAUUGGCGCAUUUAG